AUGACUACUUCAAUGGUAGCUGCCUGGUCUUGCAGAGCUCCCAAGGUUCUUUUAUGCCUUAUUUUCGCAUGCUAUGUGCAAGCUACGGCGACCGCGUCGAAUUUCACCAUUGUAAAUGGUCAAAUAUACACACCAGGCUUAGGCAUUAUCGACGCGCCGCAGCCAUUUACCCCGGAAGGAGGUGACUUCCUCCAUGUCGCAAUCGACAUUUCAGGCGACGGCCGGAUCCCUCAGCCUCCCUACCCUUCGGACGUCGACACCGGCAUCUUGAACAUCACCAUGUUCCUCUUCAGCUACUCGACUGGCCUCAACCUGACGAUCUCGAACGGCACCAGCGAUGGAUGGCUCAACGACACUUCUGCUGAAGCGCCGGAAUUCCAUUGCAACUCCACGACCACUCAGGGUUUCCAGAAUGCCGGCUGCGAAGAGGUCAUGGCGCAAGAGAGCGGCAGCACAGUCAAGCAUGUCAAUUGGGCAUGGCCCGACUGUUUGGUAGGAGAUGGAGAUGCAGACAAAGAUACGGAGAAUGGUACAAAUUCAACAGCCCGGGGCUCAUAUAACGUCUCCAUCCACCAGUCCUUCCGAAUCAACGGAACCGGAUAUUACACCAUCUUCAAUCUCCCUAUCGAAGUUACCAACUCGAUCCCCAACGACACACAGCUCUCCGCGAGUAAAACUCGCCCGUUAUGUGCGCUUCGCAACAACCCGCUGCAGAAUCAAACGAGCCAGGACGCUAGCGCAUCUACACCGUCCUCUCAACCAUAUCUCGGUGGCAACGUGAGCAUUGGCGGCGAAAAUCAAAAUGAAUCGGGCGCCGGAAGUCGAUCCGUUGAUUGCGCGAUGACAACCGCGGCUCCAAUGCUUCUUAUGGUGGCCCUUGUUUCCAUGGUACUGAUGUGA